AGUUGGCCUUGCUCACAUCUCUAGUUCUAAUGUCCAGUUGUUAAGAAGAAGAAGACCAGCAACAGAUAGUUAACAGCAAUGAAGAACACAGGAAAAUUGCAAGGAAAAACCCUUUUCAUUACCGGCGCAUCCCGUGGCAUUGGAAAAGCAAUCGCCUUAAAAGCGGCGCGUGAUGGUGCAAAUAUCGUUAUAGCUGCCAAAACAGCUGAGCCGCAUCCAAAACUGCCGGGCACUAUCUAUACGGCCGCAGAGGAGAUUGAGAAGGCGGGGGGCAAAGCUUUGCCCUGCAUUGUUGAUGUUAGGGAUGAGAAACAGGUUCAGCAAGCUGUUGAAGCUGCAGUUGCCAAAUUUGGAGGUAUCGAUAUUGUGAUAAACAAUGCGAGCGCCAUUUCCUUAACUUCGACAUUAUCAACGGAUAUGAAACGCUAUGAUCUGAUGCAGAAUAUUAACACAAGGGGCACAUUCUUGGUAUCGAAAGCUUGUUUGCCUUAUCUGCUGAAAAGCGAUAAUCCCCACAUCCUGAACUUAUCACCCCCUCUUAAUAUGAAGCCUCAUUGGUUUUCCGGUCAUACCGCUUACACCAUAGCUAAGUAUGGCAUGUCCAUGUGUGUGUUGGGUAUGGCUGAGGAGUUCCGAGAUCAGGGAGUGGCUGUGAAUGCUCUAUGGCCGCGGACAAGUAUUCACACUGCCGCAGUUGAUAUGCUGUCUGGUCCGGAGGGUGCUUUAUAUUCCCGUAAACCGGAGGUGAUGGCGGAUGCAGCAUACACUAUCAUUUGUCGUGACGCUAAGGAAUAUACAGGAAACUUCUUCAUGGAUGAUGAGGUUUUACUGGACGUUGGUGUUAAAGAUUUCAGCAAGUACGCUUGCCACCCGGAGAAUAUGCACAAUUUGCAUUUGGAUAUCUUUUUGGAUGAUGCAGGUCCAUUUGCCAAGUUGUAAUUGUUUUUUUUUUAUUUUUGAUACAUGUUUUGUUGUUUGUGUAAGCAUUAUUGUUUGUAUAUACA